AUGUCACUGUACCAAAAGGCGGCCAAAUGUCGCUGUACUAAUAGGCCGAAUGCCACUACUUGUAAACUAGAUGUAACUGUACCUAUUGGCCAAAUGUCACUGUACCGAAAGGCCAAAUGUCAUUGUACCAAUAGGCCAAAUGCCACUACUUGUCAGCUAGAUGUCACUGUACCUAUUGGCCAAAUGUCACUAUACCAAAAGGCCAAAUGUCACUGUACUAAUAGGCCAAAUACCACUACUUUUCAGCUUGAUGUAACUGUACCUAUUGGCCAAAUGUCACUGUACCAAAAGGCCAAAUGUAACUGUACUAAUAGGCCAAAUGCCAUUACUUGUCAGCUAGAUGUAACUGUACCUAUUGGCCAAAUGUCACUGUACCAAAAGGCCAAAUGUCACUGUACUAAUGAGCCAAAUGCCACUACUUGUCAACUAGAUGUAACUGUACCUAUUGGCCAAAUGUCACUGUACCAAAAGGCGGCCAAAUGUCAUUGUACUAAUAGGCCGAAUGCCACUACUUGUCAGCUAGAUGUCACUGUACCUAUUGGCCAAAUGUCACUGCCAAAUGCCACUACUUGUCAGCUAGAUGUAACUGUACCUAUUGGCCAAAUGUCACUGUACCAAAAGGCCAAAUGUCACUGUACUAAUGAUCCAAAUGCCACUACUUGUCAAAUAGAUGCCAAAUGUCACUGCACUAAUGAGCCAAAUGCCACUACCUGUCAGCUAGAUGUAACUGUACCUAUUGGCCAAAUGUCUCUGUACCAAAAGGCCAAAUGUCACUGUACCAAAAGGCCAAAUGCCACUACUUGUCAGCUAGAUGUAACUGUACCUAUUGGCCAAAUGUCACUGUACUAA